AUGCUGCCGAGUGACAUUUUAAACAUCGUCGUGGUCGGAGAUGGUACCGUGGGGAAAACUUGCCUCCUGCAUGCCUACACGGAUGAAUCGUUCACGAUCGAGUACAUUCCGACGAUAUACGAUAAAGGAUCGAUAGACUUGAUACUAAAUGGAAUCAAAUAUACUAUACAGCUGCACGAUACCGCAGGUCAGGAAGACUACGAACGAAUUCGGCAACAAUUUUACAAACGAGCCAACUGCUUCCUACUGUGCUACGCUAUCAACAGUCGGACAUCCUUCGAAAACAUCACCGCCAAGUGGUUACCAGAACUAACCGCAAAUCAACGGGUUCCCAUCGUUCUAGCUGCCACCAAAUUAGACCUCCGAAGAAACAUUAGCAGCGAGAUAUCGACCCGGGAAGGAGAACAACUGUCCCGUAAAAUGAAUGCCAACUCAUUCGUGGAAUGUUCGGCCAAAGAAAAUAUAAAUAUAAAACUAGCUAUCGAGGAAGCCGUACGGGCCUGUCUUCUGGGAGUUCCCCAGCCACCGGAGGAGGAGAGCUGCUGGACCAGAUGUUGGCCACUAUAG